GGCGAGGCGGGGGCCUGCAGGAAGGAAGCGAGGAAGCGCCUUGGGCCCGGCGCCGACACACACACACACAGAGGCGUUGGGGCCUGGAGCGGCGGGGUGCCGCCGUGGCUGAGGCCGAGGCCACCACCUCUCGUCGCCUUCCCUCCGCGGCGGGGCCCAGCAGCGGGGCCUGGCCUCGAGAGGCCCACCCAGAGGCAGGGCCUCGCGUCCCCUGUCAGCAAACCGAGGCUUUCCACCCCCCUGGCAAGAGGCAGCGCCCAAUCCUCUUUUUAAAAAGCACACGUGCGCACACAAGGCUUGGGCGUUCAGGUUCUGGGAGGGAGAAGGCUAAGCGCUCAGGGUACGCUCAGAGGCACUCUUCUCCUCGCCUCCCCCCCCCUUUGCGUAAUUUCACAGGUUCCUGGCUGGAGCCUUUGCAUUGGCCCUUGCCGCGCUGAACAUACAUAACAGCCCUUGCUCAGAUUUGGGCAUGGGGGAUUGUCCUGGAAAUAUAUGAUAAAAGGACAUUUUUGGCUGAUUGGUGCAUUGAAAACAAAAACAGGAGCAACUUUAAAGUUGCUUCUCUCAGUGGUUGUUAAUCAUAAUAGGUUCAGUGUAUCUUUGCCUGCCUACAUCAAUCUGCAAGGGAGUUGCAGAAAAGCCUCAUGUUCAUCGAGCCGAGAUGAAACCAGGCAAAGGGUGAAGUUCACAGAUGAACGGGUCUGCAAGAGCCACCUUCUGGACUGUUGCCCUCAUGAUAUUCUGGCGGGAACGCGCAUGGACCUCGGGGAGUGCACCAAAAUUCAUGAUUUGGCACUAAGAGCCGAUUAUGAGAUUGCAAGUAAAGAGAGAGACCUGUUCUUUGAGCUGGAUGCAAUGGACCACUUGGAAUCUUUCAUUGCUGAAUGUGACAGGAGAACUGAACUGGCAAAGAAACGACUUGCAGAGACGCAGGAGGAGAUCAGUGCUGAAGUGGCUGCAAAGGCAGAAAAGGUGCAUGAACUGAAUGAAGACAUUGGCAAACUCCUGGCUAAAGCUGAGCAGCUGGGAGCCGAAGGGAAUGUGGACGAAUCCCAGAAGAUACUGAUGGAAGUGGAGAAAGUCCGAGCCAGAAAGAAAGAAGCGGAGGAGGAAUACCGUAAUUCUAUGCCUGCAUCCAGUUUCCAGCAACAGAAGCUGCGUGUCUGUGAGGUCUGUUCUGCAUACCUUGGUCUCCAUGACAACGAUCGUCGCCUUGCAGAUCACUUUGGAGGCAAAUUGCACUUGGGCUUCAUUCAGAUUCGUGAGAAAUUGGACCAGUUGCGGAAAACUGUGGCAGAAAAACAGGAGAAGAGAAACCAGGACCGCCUGAGACGGAGAGAAGAGAGAGAGCGAGAGGACCGGACGGGGCAGCGGUCUGGCUCAAGAAACCGAGAUCGCAAACGGUCUCGCUCUCGAGAGCGGAGGCGAAGGCAUUCGAGGUCUGCUUCCCGCGGGAAGCGGAAAUCCCGCUCCAAGUCCCGAGAACGAGAGAGGCACAGGCGCCAUCGCAGCCGUUCCGGCAGUCAUAGCAGAGGCCAUCGACGGGGAUCCAGGGACAGGAGUUCAAAGCACAAAUCCUCUAGAGAUCGGUCUUCAAGAGAGAAAUCGCGGGAAAAGGAGAAGAAGGAGAAGAGCUCUUCCGAAAGGCGGCACGAGAGCACCAACGGCAAAUCUCACUCGAAGAGGUCAGAAGAGAGGGAAGCCGGUGAGAUCUGAACUCCGGGCACCAUCUGUAUUGUACUGUGCAUAUGUGUAUAUAUAUAUAGUCUUGAGAAACAUCCUACAUGGCCCAAAUUUCUCAUUUAUAUUAACUGAAUACAGCACAUCUUUUGUAGUUCUGAAUUUCUAUUGUUCCUGCCCGUAAGCAAAGCCAGGCCUGUAACAGUUCCUUACUGGUGACUUGAGACUUUGUCUUUUAAUAGAAAGAAGCAAAACUCAACAGCUGCCCUUCAACACAGAUCAGCAGCUGGAAGCUGCCCUGCCCUGUGGGGUGGGGUCAUCAUCUGCCGUAAAAAUCCAUCCCCCACAUGCCUACUUUAAAAUAUCACCUUGCCUUUCCCUUGCAGACUUAAGUUCGUAACAUGCUAAAGAACCUCAGCAGCGCUUGUGCUUCCACCCCUCCCACCUUUCUAAACGUGGCAGGUUCAUUUAACGUAUCUGAUAUUCAAGAUCUUUAGCUAAACGUGAACAAGCCAGAUUGGUCAAAAAGUAACUUACACAGCAGGUGAGCUCAGUGAAGUCAUAUUGGGGCAGCUGUACAACAUGGCACAAGAUCUUCCCUUUUUUUGUUGUUGUAGUAGUUGUAUUUAGCGCUUGGCCAAGUAGCACAGCAUUUUAAAUUUAAAUGGAUAUUGGUUGAAUUUUGCACUCUGAGACUUCAUUUCCCCCCCCCCCCUUUAAUCUGGCUCUGGUGUCCUACCUUUCAGGUUGUCAUUGCUGACUCCAGUGGAUAUAAAUACAUAUUUUUUGCCUGAUGGAGAGGUCCUAAUUUAGGUGGAAUGGGAUUCUGCACAGGGCAGUCGCAGAUACUUCAGAGCGCUCUUGGAACAGGAAAGUGUAUUAAAGCCGUUCCAUUAAGAGCAACUCUUACAGUAACACAAAAUGGCUCUCCUUAUUUGGCAGAUGAGGAACUGGCUGAGGCAGCCCUGUUGCAACCUGGUGAACAAACAGCUCCCACUCCUGGAUGUGUUGUGCAGUUACAAAGAGAGAGGCUAUUUUGGUUGGGAGGGUGUUGAGCCAAUUGUAACGGUGCCUACUAUAAGGCUGUACUUGCAGUGACUAUUUACCUGAAACACAUUUGGUAGGUGAGCGUUGAAGAGGUAGUGGGACAUAAUCUUACCUAAGUCAUGAUGUCCUUAAGCCCAUUUUAAUAACUGCUGGCAGCAGCUGAAUUAUGACAUAUGGCAGAAGACAGACAAGUUAGAAUUGCUGCUGCAGAGUGCUGUGCCCAGGGUACUGGGAGUUUCUGACUUGGUUUUUCUUUGUAUAAUUAUCCGGUAGAUCACCGACCCAUUCCUAUGUGCCUCUUCUUCUCCCCCAUCCCAUUUAACUUUUUAAAUUUUUUUGUGCUGCAGCAUUGCAGGGAAUAGCAGAAUUGUGUUCAACAGUGCAUGCUUAGAGUUUCUUUCCCUAUUUGCCGUCACUGCUGAAUUCUACCUUUUUUCUAUGAGGAAGUUGUUGGGGAGUAGGUUCUCUGGGCUUUGAUUUUGUGUGUUUGUGAGUGACUGCCAGGAGAACUAACUAGACAACAGAAGAAACCUUUGGGGGGGGGGGGGAGAUCCGAUUCAGACCUACAGCUCAAUACAGCUCCCAUCGGGACAGGUAAUAUCCAGGUACGGGCAAAUCUAGAACUCUUGCCCCUUUGGAAGGUCAGUGGGCCCACUAAGAAGCCAGCAAGGCAUAUCACAUUAAAGUGUACAAAAUAUUAGGAAUCCGUCCCUCAGUGGGGUUUUUAUGUUUUUGUAUUUGCGGUCCUUAACAGCACCUUUGUUUGCCUUUUGAGGGGCAUUGGUCUCCGUAACAAAGAUGUAAGUAAAAUGCUCUUUUCUUGCCAGUCUUAUUCACAUUAAAAGCUUAUCUUUGUG